CGUUACAAUUCAGUUAGUUUAGAAUGAUCUGCCAACAGUGACGGAUGUCAUUUAUACCAUACAAUUCAAUCCACAAAUGUUCGUUAUAUCAAGCGAAACGUACGAUACGUAAAUUUGAAACGUAACCUGCAAUCUGUGUCAUCGAACGAAUUUUGUUCAUUUUUAUUUUCGAUAAAAAUUAAUUUUGUUUUCCGAAAAAAAAUAACAGAAAUAAUUUUGUGAACAAAGUGACACGCGAGAAAUUCAACUUCAACUGAAUAUUUUCAAUUGAUCAUAAUUACAGAAAAAAAAACUUGAACUGAAUCCAAAUAAGCGGAAGAAAUUAAAAGAAGUUUACCUUGUCAAUCGAAAAAAUUCAUAUCAAAAACACGAAUAUAAUCAAUUUGGUCAAAGAUCAACGCAAUUCAGUGAUCAAGUGGUCUUGUGAAUGAUCCAUGUCGGCCACAAAACAAUUCGCAAUUAUUGGCAGUUGACAGAAUAGUGUCUGUGACAAAUGUGUAUCAACUGAAUUUAAACCGUUUUUUUUUUCGAUCUCAGCAAAAUAUAACGAAACUUUUAUUUUCUCCGGUCGAUGGUUUUCUGUCCUGUACACCUAUUCAUUUCGAUAACUAUGUUUUGACAUUGUUUAUUAUAAGUUCAUUCUCUCUGAUUUGUGUAUGGCAAUUUCGUGUAUGUAUUUCCGUUUUGAGCAUACUCAUUGUUCGAAUUCGCAUGUUUUUUGUCGCAACACAACACAAAUCGAUGAAUUCUCUUCACAUAAAUCGAAUAGAAUUGUUUCGUAUAUAUUUAUUGACAUGUGCGGCGUUGGUGAUUCUUAAGCGCCAGAGUUGUAGUGCAUAUUGAAAUGAGUCGAGUAUUGUAGAAAAGAAAAAAAAAUUGUUAAAUAAGAGCAAAACUAAAAACAGAACACAGGAAGAAGAAAACAACAAAAAAUCGAGAACAAAUAAAAUACAAGUGUAUAAUACAACGAAGGAAAACCGAGAACAACAACAACAACAACAACAACAAAAGUUGCAAAUAAAACGGACAGCGAAAAAGUUGAACAUAAAAAUAAAUAAAUAAAUAUAUAAAUAAAUAAACCGAAUCGAGUCAGGGAACGGGGCUAACGAACAAGAAAAUAAUUGAACCAAAGGACGGAUAAUAAUACGUGUGUAUUGCUCUCUUGUUAUGUCCGUUGAAACGGUUAAACAAUUGAACGGACGUGAGAAAAUAACUCGUGAUUGUUCAUCGUAAGUGUGUUUGAGUGAGAAAGAACGAUACUCAAUGACAGUGUAUACGAGUGUUCUAUGGUGAAAAUCGCGUGAAUGUGAAGAUAUAGACAUUUUUUUAAACGUUGAAAAUAUCGUCGGUAUUGGUGUGCUUUUUGAAUUCGUAUUGCCAUGCUAUUUGGGUGAAUUGUAAAUGUUCAUGCUUCGUGCGAAUGAAACAAAUUGCAAAGAAACAAUUCGUAUUUUGAUAACCAUUUUGCGGGCCAUAAAAGCAAACAAUCAUCAAACUCAUCAAUUUUAUUCACUUCAUUCAUAACGAGCAAUUUCGUUGUUGCACGUUCGUUUCUAUUUUUGUUUUCGUUUUGUUUUUUUUUUCAUUUGGCCAAGAAGUGAACAGUAGUGAACUGAAUAUUGCCGAAUAAAUAAACACAAAAAACAAGGAAGAGAUUGAAUAAAAGACACAAAAUAUACAAUUUCAAAAGAAAGAAACGAAAAGAAACUGAGAAGAGCCAAAGAGAUCUCUGAAGCAAAACGCGGUUGAAGCUUACACAUAUUAUUCUCUCUUCUACAAUCUUCAUAGCACUUGAUAUUAUUUCUGUAAUUUCGUUUUGUUUACGCGAUUACAUGUGCGCACAUUACAUAAUCGGAUUUGUACAGACGUGAAACCUUCUUGCAAAAGUCCAUUCGAACAAGACAAACAAUCGCAACGACAAAGACCUAAAACACCAACAACUAAGCAUCGAUGACACGCUCUUUUGUUUGAAUAGUAAAUUACAUGGAGUUUGUGAUCAAAUUGCAUGGGUAGUUGUUAAAUGUUAUUGCGCUGGCCAAAGAAAUUUAAUCAAUGGUCUCAAUGUUGAAAAGUGGACCAAAUAAAGAAAUUACCUUUUAUUCGCAAUUGUAUGCUCAAACGAUAUUUAGCUAGUAUAUAGUAGUGUUGAAUUACAAACGUUUUAUGUUAACGCACGAUCAUAAGCGAUUUAAUUGUGAGUGUGUAAUUUUCAAUUCGCAUAUUGUCAUAGCAAAGAAACGUACAAAAAAAGAAACUUCCCCGACAAUAAAAACGAAUACAAACGAAUAUCCUUUGCAAAACGCCUAGGAAAAUAUUGAGCAUAAUUAAAUUAAAGAAUUUAAACUGUUUUUAAUGCAAGCGCUCGCCAGUGCUAAAAAACAUAGAGAACAAAUUUAAAUAAUUAGUUUGAGAAUAACCGAAGAAUUGUUUCAAGAAGAACAGAGUUAACACCAACACACUCAGCUCAAUAAUUGAAUUUUCAUUUGAGAGUAGUACGAAUUGAGCGGAAAUUUAGUAAAAAUGUUGUCAUCAAAAAUCCAUACCAAAGAAAUGAUCUGCUGUAUAACUUUAAUUGUAGUCGGAUGUUUGACAACGACUGUAAUUAGUGCAUCAAAUCGAAUCAUCAGCGGCAGCAUCAGCAGCGGCAGCAUCAGUAGUAGUAGUAGUCAUACAAGCAGCAGCAAAACGAAUUUCAACGGAAAUGGCAUAUUGCGCGACGGUGAUGGCAACCAAGAUAUUGGCUUUGCAGCAGCGGUAAAAACUCAUAAAAAGCAAAUAAAUGACAAUGAUGACUUUAAUGCGAAUAACCAAAAUGGUAAUGAUGCCUAUUCACCGAAUAAAGCCAACGAUGCCAUUAAAAUGAAUGCAUUCAAUGACGAUGAUACGGCAGAUGAUGAUGAGUCAAGUGAUUUUCUAUCGAUCGAAAUUGAUGAUCAACUAUCGUUAAAGGAUCAAAUGCGUAUGCUUACCCAACAGAUGACCAAACGCUUUCAACAUGAAUUAAAAGCAGCCGUUCGAAAAACAGCAAAAGAUCUCUUUAAAGCCGAUUUUCAAGCCCAAUUGGAGCAAUUGAGACACGAAGUAAAGUCUUUGAAAAAAAUGCGCAACAAUCAAUCGUCAACAAUGGGUUCGAUACAUAGUGAAUCGAAUACGGUAAGCAAUAAGGAGCGUUUGACAGUUGAUUGGUUUUCGAAGGUUAUUGCCGAAUUUCGUGCUGAAUUGACGGAAUUACAGGAUGUGCAAAAUAAUACGACACGUCGUUUGCAACAACGCAGUAAUUGUGCUGAAGAUUUGGUCGAACUGCGUGACGAUUUUGACAAAUUGAAAUUGGAAUGGAAUUCAAUUCGAUUGCGACAAGAGAAUCUUGAACAAGCUGUUAAAGAACUACAAGCCGAAGCAAUUCAACGUGACGAUGAUUUUCGACGCAGUCAAAUUCAAAAUCCAAAGGCAGCUGGAACUAUUGAUUAUGUAAAGCCUGAAGCCGAUCAUCGUUUGCGCCAUCGUCGUUUUAUUCGUCAGCAUUUGCAUGAUUUAGAUGUGGUACAAAAAGCGAUGAAACGUCAAUUGAACGAAUUGCAUCAUCAUCAUAUCGGCGAACGUUUACACAAUUUGGAAACGGAACAAAAACGUUUGGCUAAUGCUAAUUUCAAUAUGAGCCGUCAAGUGGCCAGUUUGGAUCGUUUGCAUGGUUCAAUGUUGGAAUUGCUUGAGGAUAUUGAAGGCAUUCAAAAUAAAUUUGACAAGACAGUUCCCGAUAUCAAACGUGAAAUAUCGAAAGUUGAAUUUGAUUUUGCCCAAGUUGCCUCCGAAUAUGGUUUAUUGCGCGAAGAGGGUCACAAUGCAGCGAAAAGUAUUCAGGCAUUGGCUGUCAGCGUCAGCACAUUGCAAGAUGAUCGCGAUGUAAUCAAACAACUGGAACAAACUGUCAACGAUUUGAAGUACAAUUUUACAAAAUUACGCAGCGGUGCCAAUGCACAUCGACAUAUGUUCCAUAAACGUAUUGAAAAGAUUGAAUUGGACUCAAAAACGCCACAGCAAAAUGUAAUUAGUGAAAUUCAGAUGGCAUCAAAAUUGGUAAAACAAUUGGAAACGGUUGAACAGCAAUACGAAUCAAUUAUUAAUAAAUUGCCGUCAGAUUGUUCGCAAAUCGAACAAAAUUCAACGGGUUUAUUCAUGAUUGCACCUGGUGGCCAACAACAUCCAAUUUUGGCGAAUUGUGAAAAUCAAUGGACAACAAUUCAACGGCGACACGACGGCAGUGUCGAUUUCAAUCGCUCAUGGGAUGAAUACAGCCAAGGUUUCGGUACACCAUCUGGCGAGUAUUGGAUUGGUAAUACGAUAUUGAAUCAUUUGACCGCCGACAAUUGUACCACGUUAAAAAUAAUUAUGCAAGAUAUUUAUGAUAAUACCUGGGAAGCAGUUUACAGUACAUUUUAUGUGGCCACACGUGAAGAUGGAUACCGUUUGAGUAUAUCAGGUUACAGUGGCAACGCAUCGGAUGCAUUCCAAUACCAAAAUGACAUGCAAUUUUCGGCAAUCGAUGUUGACCGAGACAUUUCGAACACGCAUUGUGCAGGUAAUUACGAAGGUGGCUGGUGGUUUUCGCAUUGUCAACAUGCUAAUUUAAAUGGUCGAUACAAUUUGGGCCUAACGUGGUUUGAUGCAUCGCGCAACGAAUGGAUUGCAGUCAAAUCAAGCCACAUGAUGAUUUCAAAACGACCAAACUGUGCACAACCAUAUACUAUUCCACCGCCACAAUCACCAUUCGAUGAAGAAAACAACAACAGCAACCAAGCCAACACAAUAUCAUCGACGUCGAUACCGGAGAUUGCAAAAGGUAAAACACAUACAAAAUAAAUCCAAACAAUAGAAACCACACAUAUACCAACAGAUAAAUAUUUGAAUACCGAGAAAAUUACAAAAAAAAAAAAAAAAAAAAAAAAACAAAAAAAAAACAACAUACGAAAUUGAUCACCAAAUUGAAUUGCAGUUGAUUAAAUGAUCGAAAAUAAUGUUGAAUAGUGCAGAAGGAGCGAAAACAAAAUGAAGAAGUAAUAAUGACAUUUCUUAUGGGAUGACCGAAUUAUAAUCCAAAGCGCAUCAAUGAAUUUUCGCUCCAAUACACAUAAAGAAAGAAAAGAAAUCACACACAAAUUUGUAAAUACGUGAAAGACCUGAACAGAAAACCAAUUCCCAAAUAAAAUACAGACUCUUUUAACAAAAAUUAAAUCCUAAAGCUACAAUUAGUUUUGCUGAAUAUUAUUAUUAUAAGUAUAAGAAUUAAUAAUAAAGAUGAUGAUAAUAUUGUGUGUGUAUACUGUAUAGGAUAAACUUGACUAAAAUUUAACAAAAAAAGAAAAAUGAAGAAAUAGUUCGAACAAAAACAGUAAUCGUAUGACAUAGAUAUAAGAAAAUCUCUUUAACAAUAAUAUGAACAGAGCAAAAAGUG